AUGGGCUACACUGAUGCAGGGUGUAUUGUCAAUGACAACGUAACAUCUUCAGUGAACCCUGUUGAUAAGGCACAGUUUGUAUGCUUUGAAAAAAGUGGAGUGAGAGGGGAUCGUAUGUCAGACUACCCAACUGAUAGCCCUAAACUCGACAAGGCCCCGCAAAACACAUUAAUUCGGGGUAUAAAAUAG